AUGGACGAUUUCCACCGCAUAACCAUAACAAUCUGCGGUGACGGCGGCUGCGGCAAGUCCUCCAUCACCCUCCGCCUCGUCCGCAGUCAAUGGACGUCCGAAUAUGACCCCACAAUCGAAGACUCCUACUCCCUAACGCGCCGCAUCGACGGACAGACCUACCACCUCUCCCUGACCGACACGGCCGGCCAAGAAGAGUACCGCGGCAUGUGGGCGACAUCCAACCUCCGGUCCGACGCCUUCCUCCUCGUCUACGACAUCACCAACGCCAGCUCGCUGGACCAGCUGGCCUACUUCAACGACCUCAUCGACAUGGAGAGCGAGACGCGCCAGGAGGCGUGGCAGGGCGCGCGCGACCAGCCCUACGUGAAGCCCGUCAAGAUCGUCGCGGGAAACAAGUGCGAUUUGCAGGCGCAGCGCGCGGUGCCGGCGCAGGUCGGCCUCGAGUGGGCGCGCAAGCGCGGCUGCGGCUUCAUGGAGACGAGCGCGCGCAACACGGUGAAUAUCGAGGAGACGUUCGCGCUGAUCGUGCGGCGGGUAGCUGAGGCGCGGAGGCUGGCGACGAGCGAGAUUCAGAGAGCGGGCGACGCGAAGACGGCGGCGUCGUUUGGCACGGGGACGAGGAGAGCGGUGACGGCGCCGUUGAGCCCUUUGCCUGGGGGGCCAGAGAAGGCAAUGGGAUUCUCGGCUGAGGGGGCGCCGACGUCAAAAUACAAGGACUUCUGGAGGAAGCUCGUCUGUUGGCGGUGA